AGAAGGGGAUAUACAAUAUACCGAUUGAAAAAAAUAAGUGGCCAUACGCCGUAUCCCGUACGUGCACUCCACCGCACCACCCGGCGUGACGUCAGAGCGCCGCCCACCGCAGCGCGUCGUCCUGAGCUGAGGUCGAGUCGAACGAUCACCCAGCAUGUAAACAUGGUGUCAGACAGGUGAAAGAGACGCCAGCAUGGUCUUCGAAAGCGUUGUGGUGGACGUGCUCAACCGCUUUUUGGGGGACUACGUUGUCAACCUCGACAGCUCGCAGCUGAAGCUCGGCAUAUGGGGAGGUGACGCUGUUCUGACAAAUCUUGAAAUAAAGGAGAAUGCCUUGAGUGAGCUCGACAUUCCUUUUAAAGUGAGAGCCGGCCACAUAGGACGGCUGGAGCUUAAGAUUCCAUGGAAGAACCUCUACACUCAGUCAGUGGAGGCCACUCUGGACGGUGUUUAUCUGCUAAUAGUCCCUACAGCAAGUAUAAAGUAUGAUGCAGUAAAGGAGGAGAAGCAGCUACAAGAGGCUCGUCAGAGGGAGCUACACAGGAUAGAGGAGACAAAGCAGAAGGCUGCUGAACAAGAGAACCCCAAUUUAGAGAAGCAGGACACCUUCGUGGAAAAACUUGUCACUCAGGUCAUCAAAAACGUGCAGGUCAAGAUCUCGAACAUCCACGUACGGUAUGAAGAUGAUGUCACCAACCCAAACUGUCCUUUGUCAUUUGGAGUGUCCCUUAAAAACCUCAGUCUUCAGACAGCUGAUGAGAACUGGAAUCCAAGUCUUUUGGAUGAGAAUUCCAGGCUUUUCUUCAAGUUGGUUCAAUUAGACAGCUUGUUUGCCUACUGGAAUGUCAACUCAAUACUCUUCUCCAAUCACAGUGCUGAUGAGGCCUUGGGAUGCCUCCAGAGCAGCAUGGAAAGCCACAGCUCUUUUCCUGUCAGCCAUGACUUCAUUUUUCGUCCCAUCUCAGCGGACGCCAAACUCCGGAUGAAUCCCAGGUCAGAUGUGGACUUCUCCUCUCCUAGAUUGGACCUGAUGGUCAAUCUCAGUGAGGUGGCCAUUGAACUCAACCGACCGCAGUACAUUAGCAUCUUGGAGUUGCUGGGCUCCGUCGAUUUGAUGUCCCGUAACCUGCCAUACAGGAAGUACAGACCUGCGCUCCAUGUUCACAAGAAUACCCAUAUAUGGUGGAAUUAUGUGAUCACAGCCAUCCUGGAGGUAGACGUGAAGCCACGUCUUCAUAUGUGGUCAUGGCAGCACAUUCGCCGGCACCGAUGUAUGGUCAAACGGUACAGAGAGCUCUACAAGACCAAGAUCACCAGCAAGAAACCCAGCGAGGAGCUGCUCAAACAACUAGAGGAGCCUGAGAAGACCUUGGAUAUUUUUAACAUCACACUGGUGAGACAGCAGGCUGAAAUGGAGGCAAGCAAGGCAGGCCUGCGUAUUUACCGUCCAGGGCUGAAGAUGGAGGAGGAGGAGUCUCAGGGUUGGCUCAACUGGAUGUGGAAUUGGGGAGGAGAGGCUGAUACACAAACAAAAGAUGUCAAGACUGGAGGUUUUGAUGAGCUGUUAACCUCUGCUGAGAAAGCCAAACUCUACACUGCCAUUGGAUACAGCGAGAUUGCCACUAAUCCCAACCUGCCAAAGGAUUUUGAGGACAUGAAGGUCAACUUCCACAUGGAGAGGCUGUCUGUGUCCAUCAAAGACAACAAGGACAAAAAUGAGAUCAUCAGGCUGACGGUGGAGGAGCUGCAGUCCACACUCGCACAGAGACCUGGAGCACAAGCCAUCAAAAUCACAGCCCGACUUAGCUUGUUCGAGGUCACUGGCCUGGCCAGUAGCCAGCCUGCACCGACCCUCCUUUCAUCCAGGAAGGCAGCUACAGGAACAGGGACCCCACUUCUCUGUUUCCUGUUGGAGACCAACCCAGUGGAUGAGACAGCUAACCAGCGGCUUCAUGUGGAAUCACAACCCCUGGAAAUAAUCUAUGAUGCAAUGACCGUGAACAGCAUGUCGGCGUUCUUCAUGCCUCCUGACGACCUGCAGCUGGAUGAGCUCACCAACGCGACCCUGAUGAAACUGGAGCAGUUCAGAGACCGCACAUCUACUGGUCUAAUGUAUGUGAUAGAAACACAGAAGAUUCUCGACCUGAAGGUGAACUUGAUGGCCUCCUACGUCAUCAUUCCACAGACUGGCUUUUACAAUGGCAACCAGAACAUCCUAUUGUUGGAUCUUGGUCAUUUUCAGAUGUCCAGUCAAAGCAGGAAGCAUUUACCUCAACUGUCAGUUUGCUCCAGCAACAUUGAAGACAUCAUGUCCAGAGCAUAUGACAGCUUUGAUAUACAGCUUAGUAGCCUGCAGUUCCUUUAUAGCAAACCAGAUGGUGACUGGAAAAAGGCCCGUAAGCAGAAACAGUCACUGCUCCACAUCCUAGAGCCAGUGGAUCUAAAAAUGGAUUUCAGCAGGGCGAUGGUUGUCACGGACUCCCGCAUGGCAAAGUAUAAGAUGUUCGGAGAGCUUCCUCUGCUCUCUCUGCGUAUUUCGGAUGUUAAGCUACGAAGUGUUCUGGAGCUGGUAGAAAGUAUCCCACUACCUGAGAGCAGACCUGCUGCACGCAGCACUGGUCCAUCCUCCACCCCUAAGCCAAAGCAGUUCACACCCCAACUCACUCCCAGAAGACAUCUGAACUUAGCUGACCAGCGCUCCUCACUAAUUUUUGAGUCAUGUGAAACCAUCAGCAUCACGUCUUUGGGGUCAGAGGAAGAUUUGUUCUAUGACGCUCCCAGCUCUCCCAUCGGUGAGCGAGAAUUCUUCCCAGACAAUCCCAUGCCGCUGCGCUAUGCAGACUUAAACAAAAGGAAGAGUCUGGUCAAGGAAGACGCUCAGAAGAAUAUGACUGACUUCAUCAUGAAGUUUGAGAUCAGUGAGUUUUCUGUUCAGUUGUGCCGCCUUUCUGGGGGUCAGGAGGUCACAGUGCUACAUUUGGACAUAGAUGGUCUGGGCACUGAGCUGAAACUGCGAACAUUUGACAUGACAUCAAAUACAUUCCUUCGAGAGAUCUGCCUCAAGUGUCCUGAAUAUAUGGAUUCUGAAGAUAAGCAGGUUCAGCUGAUAACCACUCUGGACAACACAGAGGUUGACUUGCUCACCCUGGAGUAUAUCAAAGCUGAUAAGACUGGUCCUGAGUUCAAGUCCCAACACAACAAUACAGAGCAGCUCAUCAAGGUGACCUUUUCGUCCCUCGAUCUUCAUCUACAUACGGAGGCUCUCCUUAACACCAUGAACUUCCUCAACAACCUUCUGCCUCCAUCCACUAAGAAGGAGGGCGGGCAGGAAGAGCUCCCCACGAUCCCUGAGGAAGAUGAGGUAGAGGGAGAGAGGGAGGGAGAGAAGAAGGAGGAAGCAACUAUAACCAGGAAAAAAAGUACAAGGAGUAAAAAGUUUGCAGAUGUGGUGAAUCUCCAUAUCAGAGCUGAUAUGCGAUGUCUGAAAGUUUUCAUCAGAGGACAGAACACCAGGAUCUCUGAGAUUAGCAUUGAGGGUUUGGUUUCUGAGGUUCUAAUGAGGAAGAAGGAGAUGGAGGUUCUGGCCAACCUGAAGAACAUUGUGAUCCUAGAUUGUGACAAAGAUGCCUUUUACAAGAAGGCUGUGUCUAUAGCAGAUGAGGAAGUAUUUGCCUUCCGCAUGGUGAACUAUACGGAUGCGACAGAAGGGGACGCCUAUCUGGACAUGUCUAAAGUGGACACCUCAGUCACACUGACUGUGGGAUGCAUCCAGGUCAUCUUCCUCAACAAGUUUGUCUCUUCCAUAUUGGCAUUCAUCAAUAACUUCCAGGAGGCCAAAGAGGCCCUGGCAGAGGUGACAGUCCAUGCUGCAGAGAAGGCAGCAUCGGGUGUGAAGGAGCUGGCAGAGCGAAGCACUCGAAUCGCUCUGAAUGUUCACUUCAAUGCGCCUGUCAUCUUCCUCCCCCAGUCCUCCUCUUCCUCCAAUGUCAUUGUAGCUGACCUCGGUCGGCUGUCUGUCAAAAACCAUUUUUCCAAGCAGCCAUUUAAAAGUGAUGCUAAGAUCCCCCCUGUUGUGGAUAUAAUGACCGUGAGACUGACUGACCUCAAGAUGUACAGGGCCACAUACAUAAAUGAAGGGUUUCAGGGAGAGACCCAACUGCUGAUGCCAGUCAGCCUGGACUUGAAAAUACAGAGGAACCUUUCAUCCAACUGGUACCACAGCAUACCUGACAUAGAGAUCACUGCUCACCUAAAGCCCAUGAGUCUGAUUCUCAGUCAGGAUGACAUGAUAGUGGUCCUAAGGACUCUGAGCGAGAACCUGUCAGAGAAGUCUGAUGCUGUUCAACCUCCCACUUCUCCACCCACCACUGACCACUCCUCCGACUCUGUCUCCAACAAAGGGUCGCAGAGCUCUGGAACCACUGGACCACCCAGCAGCAACACUGUGGUGACAGCUGCUGUUGUGGAGACCCAGAAGAACAGCAAGUUGAAGAACACACUCAAAUUAGACUUUAAGUUUGAUUCCAUGACGCUGGUGGUGUACAGCCCUAAUGGGAAUGCGUUACAGCUGUUGGACUCGCAUGAUGAGCAGCUGAAGCUGGCAGAAUUUACUCUGGGCACCAUCUCCACUUCCCUCCAAAUGUUCUCUGAUAGCUCCAUGAAAGCCUCAGUCCGACUCGCUGCCUGCCUACUUGAUGACAAGAGACCCAAUAUCAAGAUGGUUACCCCAAGGAUGAUGGCAAUGCGUCCAGGUGCAGAACAGAACAUGAUGGUGGAGGUGAACUACCGUCAAGGCCGUGAAGGCACCACGUUGGAUACAGUGGUGCAGGACGUGUACUUGUGUGCCAGCAUGGAGUUCCUGCUCACUGUGGCAGAUAUCUUUCUCAAUGCCACCCAGCAGGGUUUUGCUCAAGUGCCCCAACACAAGAGCAGCACUGGAGCGGGAGAUAAAAAGAACAUUAACGCCUCCGUCACAUCUAAAGAGUCCACUGCUCCUCCAGCCAUGGUGUCAAAGACGGAGAUGAAUGUUGUGGUGCGAAACCCGGAGAUUGUGUUUGUGGCUGACCUGACGCGCGCUGACGCCCCGGCCCUGGUGAUGACCACGCAGUGUGAACUACUAAUGAAAAGUGGUGCAGAGGGAUCAAAUAUGACUGCUGUAAUCAAUGACCUCAAGGUAGUGGCUUGUCCCUUCUUAAUAGAAAAGAGGAAGAACAACGUGACCACAGUGCUGCAGCCGUGUCAGGUGUUCUUUCAGAGUACUCAGACCCCGACCACCCCUCAGGCUAUGGAGGUCUCCAUCAAUGCUCUCACACUGAAGGUAUCUCCAAUCAUCAUCAACACAGUAAUCACCAUCCAGUCGGCUCUGACUCCCACAGCGGAAACCCCCGAGGAGCUGGAUAUUCCUGUUUCCGUUGACCUGUGGGAGAAACGGAGCUGGAAGGAACUCAAACUCUGGUUCCUAGAGGAGGAGGGUGAUGAGGACACAAGGUCACUGGCCCCACUGAUACCACAGGGCGAGUCGUUACAGGUGACCAUCAAAUCAAUCUGUCUCACUCUGGAAGCGGGCGUGGGACAUCGCACUGUCCCCAUGCUUCUGGUCAAGUCCUCCUUCCUUGGAGAUGUCACAAACUGGUCCACACUCAUUAACUUACACAGCGAGCUCAACCUGGAGGUUCACUAUUACAAUGAGGUGAUGGGAGUGUGGGAACCGCUGCUGGAGCCCCUAGAAGAUGAGUCAGGAGACGGAUUCAGAUCAUGGAGACUUGAACUGAAGAUGAAGAAGAAGCCAACGAAAUUCACAUUGUCAGAUGAAGUGGAUUACAAUGUCCCAGACUAUAAGACAGUCAUCACCAUCAGCAGUAAAGACCAGCUCAACAUCACACUCUCCAAAUUUGGUCUGGCAAUGCUUAGUAACCUGGGCACGGCGUUUGCUGAGGCUGCCAAACAGACAGCCGAGUGCUUCCAGAAGGAUGGAGCUCCGUUUGUGGUGAAAAACCGCCUGGGCCUGCCGGUGUCCGUCCGCUACAGUGAGAUGUUUUGUCCCAUCGGCCAGCAGAGCGCAAACUGCACUGUGGAGCUGGAGGAUGGGGAAACCCUCGGGAUGGACUAUUCAACCACAACAGACUCCGACCAGUUCUCAGCCAUGAUCUCCUUGAGUGGAAAGGACUACUACAUACAGCCUACUCCAGUGGGCCACACCUCAGCCAGUGUGAUCCCCCUGAUUAAAGUGGGCAGAGGGAUGUACAGUGUAAUGCACAAUGACUCCGGAGUCACUCGCUUCCUGGUCUGUCAAAUUUACUCUGUGGAGGGCAGCAAGUACAUAAAGAUCCGGUCUCCUUUCCAGAUUAUCAAUCAUUUCACAAUACCAUUCAAAGUUUUUGAAGGAUCUACAUGUCUGGGUACUGCUUUCCCUACAGAAGAGUUCUGUGUGCCUCUGGACUCGUAUAGGUCUGAGCUGAGCCUUCAGCCGAUAACAGAGGACGAUGCUGGCGAUCAGUUUGAAUGCUCAGAGGGCUUCAGUUACGAAGACGUCAGCCACGAGCAGCCUGAGUCACGCCUCCAGCAGACCUGCCGUCGCUGUGGAAACCAGGACGGUGUGAUGAUGAUCAACAUUGUUCCAUUUAAGGAUGCAGUGACAUUCAAACACAACGGAGGUAUUGGGGAGAACUUCGAUGUGCCCUUUGUGCUUCACCUGUGGCCUUCCAUCCUACUGCGCAACCUGCUGCCUUACCCCAUCGCCUACGACCUAAAGGACAGUGGAGUCUCUCCUCCUGAGGCCACUCUGGACCCAGGCCACUCUGCCCAGCUUCACACCGCUGUCAUCAACCAGUCAAGACUCGGUCUACGUCUACUCAACUACUUGGCUCAGGAUUGGUCUGCUGAGUACAGUCUCCAGAGUGACCAGGAAGAGAUCACCUUCAUCGUGUUCCAGUCUCUACGAGAGGAUGACGAGGAUUAUGGUGAAGGGACAGAGAGGACAAGGGCUGAGUUAGACAUAGCAGUGCAUGUUAAAUAUGACCUGGGAGAGACGUUGAUUGCUAUCCACUCACCGUAUUGGAUGGUGAAUAACACGGGCAGGUUACUACAGUACAAAGCUGAUGAUAUCCACCGUAAACACCCCCUGGAUUACGACAUGCCCCUGCUCUUCUCAUUCAAGCCUCGGUACUUCCUGAAAAACAAUAAGGUCCGCCUUAUGAUUUCAGACAGUGAAGCCUCUGAUGAUUUCUCCCUGGAUACAGUCGGUAGCCAUGGAGAUGUGAAAUGUAAAGGCAGAUACAAAGAUUACCUGGUUGGUGUGAAGAUCGAUGCGAGCAGUUUCAGUCUGACGCGCAUCGUGACCUUUGUGCCCUUUUACAUGCUGGUCAACAGAACCAAGCACAGUGUCUUCAUAUGUGAGGAGGGGCAGGACAACUGGUCUGAGGCACAACCAGAACAGUCAGCGAUUCCUUUCUGGCCUGAAGCCAAGAGGCUAAAGAUCAAAGUAGAAGGGUGUUUGUCGCCUCCUCGGACUAUUGACUUCACACGACCAGAGAACUGUCUACUGCUCCAUCUGGACAACUCUGUGGGUGGGAUCAUUGUAGAUGUGAACCUAUCAGAUCACUCGGCCACAAUCAGAUUCUCAGAGUACCACGAUGGCGCGGCCCCCUUCCUCAUCAUCAACCACACCAAAGACCAAACUCUCAAGAUUCAUCAGAGCGACCGGACAGAAACCAAGUGGGUGGCUGACGAGCUGCUCGACCUCUCCUUCUCAAUGGAGGAGGACAGCUCUCAGGAGAUAACAGAGCAGGAGGAGCUGGAGCCUGGGAGAGCGGUGCACUACACCUGGGCCAAACCCACUGGGUCCCGGGAGCUUUGCUGGAACUGUGGCACUUACAAUGGGACGCUGAAGAGUGAGGAGGAUCUGCGCGAGGACAUUAACAACGAGGGAAAACUUUUUGUGAUCUCUUUUUAUGAAGGUCUCCAGCGUGUUGUGCUGUUCACUGAGGAGCAACGAAUCUACAAGCUGAUCUGCGAGAGUGAGAAGGUGCAGCUGGCUGAACAGGAAAUCAUCCUGUCGCUAAAGAACAUGGGCGUGUCUCUGGUUAACAACAGCAACAGCCAGGAGGUCUCCUUUAUUGGGAUCACAAGCUCUGAUGUGGUGUGGGAGUUGAAGCCCAAGAAAAAGAAUCGGUGGAAGACACUUAGCACUAAGGAAGCGGAGAUGUUGGAGAACAGCUUCAAAAAGUACAUUGAAUGUGCACCUGUAGACAAUGCCAUCGUCGACCUGGAAAACAGCUACCAGGUGUCCUUUACUCCCAAUGGCAUGGACAUGCAGAUGCUGCAGCCGUGUGCCGCUCCUCUCAGGAGGCACUUCCUGCCCGGGGUGAAGGUGGAGUACAGCGUCUCACCACGACAGAGGGCCUACCGUGUCCAGAUCCACCGCAUACAGAUCCAGAAUCAGCUGCCGGGAGCCAUCUUCCCCUAUGUUUUUUACCCUGUAAAACUGCCCAAGUCUAUCACCAUGGACUCAGAACCCAAACCUCUGACUGAUAUCAGCAUUGUUACCAGAGCAGCCGGGCACUCGGAUAUCUCUCGCAUCAAGUAUUUCAAGGUGUUGAUUCAAGAGAUGGAUCUGAAGCUCGAUCUGGGCUUCCUGUAUGCCAUCUUGGACCUGUUCACCCCUGAGAACGCCAGCAUCAUGACCUCAGAACAAGAGGUGGAACUGUUUGAGAAGGACAUAGAGUAUAUCAAGACAGAACUAAACCACGUCUCUGCUGCUGACACCUCUCCCAUCAGCCUGUAUGAAUACUUCCACAUUUCCCCGAUCAAGCUACACCUGAGUUUCUCUCUGAGCACUGGAGGAGAAGAUGGGCUGAAGGCAAAGAGAGAUAAAGAAAUCAUCCCUGUGCAGUCCCUCAACCUGCUGCUGAAGAGCAUUGGAGCAACGCUCACAGAUGUGCAAGAUGUUGUCUUCAAACUGGCCUUCUUUGAGUUGACCUUCCAGUUUUGCACCACUCAGCAGCUACAGUGGGAGGUCAUCAGACAUUAUUCCAAGCAGGCUAUUAAGCAGAUGUAUGUGUUAGUACUGGGUCUGGAUGUGCUUGGAAACCCCUUUGGGCUGAUCAGAGGACUGUCAGAGGGAGUGGAGGCCUUCUUCUACGAGCCCUAUCAGGGAGCCAUCCAGGGGCCGGAGGAGUUUGUUGAAGGAAUGGCUCUUGGAGUGAAGGCUCUGGUGGGAGGAGCUGUUGGGGGUAUAGCAGGCGCAGCCUCCAGGAUAACUGGUGCCAUGGCAAAGGGCGUCGCUGCCAUAACGAUGGAUGAGGAAUAUCAGCAGAAAAGACGAGAAGCUAUGAACAAACAACCCAGUGGCCUGAGAGAAGGGCUGACCCGCGGUGGAAAAGGACUGGUGUCUGGAUUUGUCAGUGGGAUCACAGGGAUUGUUACCAAACCUAUUAAAGGAGCCCAGAAGGAGGGUGCCGCAGGCUUCUUCAAAGGUCUUGGCAAAGGUCUUGUUGGUGCGGUGGCCCGUCCUACAGGAGGCAUCAUCGACAUGGCCAGCAGCACUUUCCAAGGGAUCAAGAGGGCGGCAGAGACAUCCCAAGAUAUUGAAUCUUUGCGUCCUCCUCGCUUCAUCCACGAGGACGGUGUCAUACGGCCAUAUAAGGAGAGGGAAGGCCUUGGCAGUCAGAUGCUCCAGAAAAUUGAGAAUGGACGUUUUGCCAAGUACAAAUACUUUGCUCACGCCAAGGUCAAUGAGUCUGACUUCCUCAUGAUCACCAAGAGGGGCAUAUUUUUUGUGACCAAGGGCACAUUCGGCCAGCUGACCUGUGAAUGGCAGUAUCUGUUUGACGAGUUCACCAAGGAUCCGGCGAUUGUAGAGGACCGCCGACUUCGCAUUGAGGCCAAGGAGAGAGUCAAGUCGGUAUUCCAUGCCAAGGAGUUUGGAAAGAUCAUAAACUUCAAAACUCCAGAGAUUGCCACGUGGGUUCUGACCAAACUGGAGGAUGCAAGAGACAGUUUGCCCAAAUACUGAAUCGUGGAGAAGAGCGAGAAAUAAUGGGAAUCAAAAAAGAAAGAAAGAAAGAAAGAAAUCAUACACACACACACACACACACACACACACACACACACACACACACACAAACACACAGUCUGUGUGUGUCAGUGCCUUUGUUCUUAACUGCAUGCUAGUUUUGUUUACCUCCAUGUGUGAGUGGUGCUAAAAACACACAAACAGAUGCUGUAUGUUGACUGUUCGUGUGACUGACAGAGGGUGUGUGUGUGUGUGUGUGUGUGUGUGUGUGUGUGUGUGUGUGUGUGUGUGUGUGUGUGUGUGUGUGUGUGUGUGUGUGUGUGUGUCUGCGUGUCUGCGCGAGCGCAUGCCAACACAAGUGCGACAAAUGGACGGCUGACUUACACUCAUUCACCACAGAUGCUCCGAUUGCAUCCAACCAAGCAAAUUUCGCUCUCAUUGCUCUACUUGCACUUGUUCUUUUGCAUUCAUGUAAUAGAUAUUUAAUAUUUUAUUUGAUAAAACUACUGCGGAAAGUCUUGAGUUUACAAAAGCAUCAUGUAAUAUCUGGUUGAGUCUAAAAUGCUGGUGAAGCUCUGACAUGUUCCAUAGUUCUGCUUGCCAUAUUCAGUCAAAAACAAACUAAGUUACUUAUUUAAUUUAGUUUCACUGAACAUGAGGCCAAAUGAACCGAAUGAUGGUAGCACAUUUUAUGUACAAUGUCUAUUUUACUGGAUUCUAUAAAAGGGACACUAAUUUAAAUUUUUCCUCAUUCAAAAUGUGCUUCAUUAAAACCUGCUCUUUUUUUCUUUUGAUUCCUCAAUAUCUUUCCUCUUUUUGAUACAGACUGUUCAGUGUGAUUUAGAGACGCAUGCUAUUUUUAUACUCUAUGUAUCCUGCUGCUGUAUAUUAAUCUCAUAAUGUUCUAUAUAUAAUGUACAUCCUCGCGCAAUAGUCUGUUUUAUGGCAUUGCAGGUUAUAAUUUUAUGAUUUUAAUGUUUUUAUACCACACAAAUGCAAUGUCAACUAUGUUGAAGAAUUAUGCAGAGGGAAAUGUAUUCAAAAGAAAUGGAUGCUAGAUAUUAUCAGCUGCCGUUGACUUAUAUUGUAAAGGUUUGUUUUUGGUUUCAGGGUGUGACGCAGUUUAAUAUGGGUGAAUAUUUCUUGUGCCACUAAUCUUGGUCAUUAAUGCUUUGGAGGAGCAAAAUGUUCACUGCAGUGGCUACAUUCUUUUUCGUGUUUAAAAAAAAAAAAAAAAGGCGUUACAAAUUUCUGUCUUCUUCCUUUAUUUCUUGUGUCCAGGAAAUCUAAAACAUACAAAUUGGAUUCUUUAUUACAGAACUGUAAUUGCCUAUUAUAAGUUUCACUGCAUAAAUAUAAUUUUCAUCUCUCCUGAGAAGAAAGUGUCGAGUACGACUCAGGUUAUUUACAUCUAAAACAGUAUCAGCUCAGUGAUUUUGCAGCACGACAAUUACAGACACAGGUGGCUCAGUAUUAAGACUAAAGUGUACUCAUACCACCUCUUGUACUGUUUAUCUAUUAAACACUCAUAAAGACACAGGAAUAACAUCUAUUAAAUAAUUAGCUGGCCGCAUGUUUAUGAUAUAACUUUCAUAUUCUCACUUCUACAGGGAAGUCUCAUUCACAUCAUAUCACAGCAGAUGUACAGUAGUAUGGAUAUGUCUGUGACUACAUGUUGGUUUUCUCUUUGGCUGGAUUUGUACAGGCCACAUAAGAUCUCACUUGUUUGAAAUGAAAAUAUUUCAACCUGAAA